AUGUGCAUGAUGGCUUCCAAACUAGCCUACGAGAAUGAUAAGGUUGUCAAAAACAUCGUAGAUCUUCAUUGGAAGAUGCAUUUUGUUGACUUCUACAAUUGUUGGAAUGAUUAUCAGAAAGAGAACUGUACCCAAGUUUUCAUAAUGUGUGACAAGCCAAAAGAUGCAAACUUGAUACUCAUUAGCUUCCGGGGCACUGAACCGUUUGAUGCCGACGAUUGGAUCACGGAUUUCGACUACUCGUGGUACGAAAUCCCAAAACUCGGGAAAGUACACAUGGGAUUUCUCGAGGCCUUAGGUUUAGGCAACAGAGUCGAAGCCUCCACGUUUUACGCAAAUCUUCGAGCCAACUGCAACUCAAAAGAUAAUAAACCUCCCAAAUUAAACGGUUAUAAGGAACUUACACCUAUGGGAAAGAGAACUGCAUACUAUACCGUACGAAGCAAGCUCAAGGAUUUGCUCCGAGAGCAUGUGAAUGCAAAGUUUGUGGUGACAGGGCAUAGUCUCGGUGGGGCCCUCGCCAUAUUAUUCCCUACCGUGCUCGUGCUGCAUGAAGAAGAGGAGAUUAUGAAGAGGUUGUUGGGGGUUUACACUUUCGGGCAGCCUAGGAUUGGUAAUAGACAGCUCGGAACUUAUAUGCAAGCCCGUCUCGAAAAGCCCGAGUCAAAGUAUUUCAGGGUCGUUUACUGCAAUGAUCUUGUUCCGAGACUGCCUUAUGAUAAUAAAACCUUCUUGUACAAGCAUUUUGGGGAGUGCUUAUACUUCAACAGCCUAUACGUUGAGAAAAAUGUGAAGGAAGAGCCGAACAAGAAUUACUUUGGGUGGCGAUUUCUGGUUCCUGAGUUCUUAAAUGCUGUUUGGGAAUUGGUGAGGAGUUUUAUGAUGGGUUAUAUAUACGGGCCGGGUUAUAAAGAGUGCUGGGAAUCUGUUAUGCUGAGGAUAGUAGGAUUAGCAAUCCCGGGUCUUUCGGAUCACAGCCCGGUUGAUUAUGUGAACUCUAAGAACGGGAAUGGAAGACGACCCCAAGGCGAAGUCGAUGAGACAGCGAAUCGAAAGUUCCGUUCAACCAGCGAAGUGCGAAGUAUGUCGCACACCGGCGGCAGACACAAUCAUCCAACCACUGAAAAUCGUCGCCCUGUCCAGCCGGCCACCUCCGCCAAUGUCUGCGACGAUCGAGUCCGUUCAAAAGUCCGGCCAAACUCCGCCCUGCUCCACCGUCAUGUAAGGCGUCGUCGGAGAGUCCUUCGUUCCCGACGUUGUCUGAAGGCCUUCGUGUCCGGCGAUGCAACUGCGGCCGAGCCGAGAUGCCGAAAUGAUCGAAGGGUCUGCAAAAUGAAUAAUGAGUCUGCAACUUAG